UGCAAAGAAUUAGUUCCAUAAAAGCUUUCGUCGGUAGCACACACUUAAAGUCAAAAUGAUCAAGUCAGCAAGUAAUUUUGUUUUCGGAUUUACUGUUCUAAGUCUGUUAUGUCUUGCCAAAGCCGAAGAAUCGAACUGUGUAUUAAAGGACGCCCCAAAUCAAUGUGGCGCCUUCUGCCUCUCCGCACUUCAUCCAGUUUUUGAUCACCAUGUCAAGCAUCACCAGCAGUGGGCUUCCAUAGCUUUCUUGUUAAAUGACACACGAGUUAGGCUGGACAAAAUCCAGAAAGAUACACAGGAUAGGUUGGAGAAAAUUCAAAAUGAUACACAGACCAAGCUGGACAAAAUUCAAAAUGAUAAUCGGGCCAUGCAAAGCCAACUAUCUGCCAUAAUGGAAACCUUAACUGCGUUAAACACUUCAAUAAAGACAAAGGAAGUGAUAUCAUCGAACAUCCAAUCUGGGAAGUUUGAGCAGAUCGGUUCCAGAUACUUCUAUAUCGAACGCAACAAAACUUAUUCUUGGGAUGAUGCUGCAAAUAAAUGUCUUGGGAUGGGCGGCUAUUUGGCGUCAUUCCGGAACCAAGAGGAGUUGGACACUAUCCAGCCGAAACUGGAUGCGAAUCAAGAGUACUGGCUGGGCAUCAACAAUCGUGCCAAUUUGGACCAGUUCAUAACUGUGGCUUCUGGCAGGCCAGCAAAAUUUUUGAAGUGGAAAUCGCGACAACCCCGUCUAUCUUCAUUUACCUCAAAACGCGUCAUUUAUAUGAGUAACGGCGAAAUGGGCGUUGGAUGGUCACCCAUCAGGUGUUUUUUCAUUUGCCAAGCAGACAAUGAAGUUUAGUUAACGUUAUAAAAUAUUGACAAAAAUUACUAGAUAUA